CGGAACAGCUAGUCAACUGAUACUGCUAGUCAGCUGAUAAUGUUGCAGGAGCGUACGAGUUAGAAUGAACACAGGAAAUCAGUUUUUUAUUCUUUUAAGUAUUCCUCUCUGUAUCCGUGUCUGUUCAGGCGAUGAUUAUAUUUUAGAUGAUAAAGUUGGAUUAGGACGUUCGUUUGAUGGUAUUGGUGGUUUAAGUGGCGGUGGGGCAACAUCACGUUUACUUGUCAAUUAUGCUGAACCAUAUCGCAGUCAGAUACUGGACUACCUUUUCAAACCUAACUUUGGAGCCUCAUUACAAAUCCUGAAGGUUGAAAUUGGUGGCGAUGCUCAGACCACAGAUGGAACUGAGCCCUCCCACAUGCACUAUGAAGAUGAUGAGAAUUAUUUUAGAGGCUAUGAAUGGUGGCUUAUGAAGGAAGCCAAGAAGAGGAACCCUAAUAUCACACUUAUUGGUCUGCCAUGGGCCUUUCCGGGAUGGGUAGGGAAUGGUGAAAACUGGCCUUAUAGUUUCCCUGACAUAACUGCCUCUUAUGUGGUUUCAUGGAUUCUUGGGGCUAAACAAUACCAUGACUUGGAUAUUGAUUAUGUUGGGAUAUGGAAUGAAAGGCACUUUGACAGCAAGUAUAUAAAGAUCCUGCGAUAUACACUGGAUAAAAGUGGCCUGGAAAGAGUUAAAAUCAUUGCCAGUGAUAACCUCUGGGAGCCAAUCACGUCAUAUGUAAUUGCUGACAGAGAACUCCAAGAUGCCGUUGAUGUCUUGGGGGCUCAUUACCCUGGCACCACCACUGUGUCUGCAGCCCUAAAGACAGGGAAGACGCUGUGGUCCUCUGAAGACUACAGUACCUUUAAUGACAACGUUGGUGGAGGAUGCUGGGCCCGAAUUCUGAACCAGAACUACGUCAAUGGCAAAAUGACAGCGACCAUAUCUUGGAACCUUGUUGCAAGUUAUUAUGAGGACCUUCCCUUUGGAAGGGAUGGUCUAAUGACGGCAAAUGAGCCAUGGAGUGGAAAUUAUGUUGUUGAGUCCCCUAUUUGGAUAACUGCCCACACUACCCAGUUUACUGAGCCUGGCUGGACUUAUCUGCAAACAGUAGGACACUUGACACAUGGUGGGAGUUAUGUUGCACUGACUGAUGAGCGAGGAAACCUAACAAUAAUUACUGAAACCAUGACCCACGAUCACUCGGUGUGCAUAAGACCUCAUCUAUUUCCUUAUAAUGUCACAGCCCAGAAUGUAACAUUCCAUCUAAAAGGAUCUUUUGCUUCAAUCAGUGAGCUGCAGGUGUGGCAUUCAAAGUUUGAUUUUAAGACAAACAACACAGCCAUGUUGCAAAAUCUCAAGCCGAUUCAAGUAAUUGAGGGGUCUUUCAUCAUAGAGCUUGAUGUUGAUGAGGUUUAUACUUUAACCACUUUAAGAAAUGGUCAGAAAGGAAGUUACCCAGACCCUCCACCCUCUGCUCCCUUUCCUAAAACAUAUAAAGAUGAUUUUGAUGUCCAAGGAAAUCCAUAUUUCUCAGAGGCUCCAGACUUUGCAGAUCAGACAGGGGUUUUUGAGUACUUCACAAACCUGACGGAUCCUGGCCCUCAUGUUUUCACACUGAGACAGGUGGUCACUCAGCGUCCUGUGACCUGGGUUGCCGAUGCUUAUCAGACAAUAAGUGUUAUUGGUGAUUAUAGAUGGCAGGACUUAGUGGUGUCAUGUGAGGUGUACAUGGAGGCUGUACACACCGGUGGAGUCUUCGUUGCUGUUAGAGUGGACAAAGGUGGAGGCGUGGUACGAAGUGUAAAGGGAAUCUUUUUCUGGGUCUAUGCAGAUGGCACCUACAAAGUCACCAAUGACCUCAGUGGAAUGACAGUUCUUGCUGAAGGAUUAUCUGGAACUAGAGCACGUGUAUGGUAUACGUUGACCCUCACAGUCAAGGGAAACUAUGCAGCAGGAGAGCUCAAUGGCUAUCCGCUGUGGAAGAAUGCAGUGCUCCAGGAGCCAAGAAAUGGAUGGGCGGCCAUAGGCACAAGUUCUUUUGAACCUGCACAGUUUGAUAAUUUUGCUAUAGAGGCAGAGUAACUGUUUAUUGUUUUGGCAUUGUUGUGGAAAAAAACUGUAAACAAGCAUUUUUAGAUUUGUUAUUAAUUUGCAUAUGAUCGUAUGUAAUGUGUUCUUAAUUUUUAAGGUUAAAGUUAUGCCGCUCCAUCCAAAGUGAAUUAAUAGAGAAAUAAUCAUUAGUUAUGAUUCAGAACUUGUAAAAACUGAGAGUUUGGAUUCAGUUUUCUAAAACCUUUU